AUGUGGAUUCUGGCACUAGGUGGGGUUUUCCUGGCGGCUGCUCAGGCCUGUGUCUUCUGCCGCCUCCCAGCCCACGACUUGUCAGGCCGCCUGACUCGGCUCUGCAGCCAGAUGAAGGCCCAGUGGAAGGAAUGUGAGGCCUCCCAGAAUUUCUCAGCCUUUGCCUUAGAUGAGGUGUCUAUGAACAAAGUCACAGAGAAGACUCACAGAGUCCUGAGGGUCAUGGAGAUCAAAGGGUCUCUCUCCGCUCUCCCUUCCUAUUGGCAAUGGCUUCAAAAGACCAAGCUCCCUGAGUCCACCAGGGAAGCUCUCUGUGCUCCCGCCUGCCCACUGCUCCUGCUGUCUCCUGCAGGGGGCAGCACCAUCCUGUACAACUGCUCCACCUGCGAGGGCACCGAGGUAUCCUGCUGGCCCCGAAAACGCUGCUUCCCAGGAAGUCACGACCUUUGGGAUGCCAGGAUUCUGCUCCUCUCUGUCUUCGGGAAUGUCCUGCUGCUGGGUGUCCUGAGCUUCCUGGUGGAGUCCCGCCACCUCCAAGCAAAAAAUGACUUGUGAAGAUGCUGACAACCUCCCAGCCCCAGCUCUAAGGAGAUGUGCCCGUAACUUCCACAUCCCCUGGGGGUGGGGAUCAGCAAACUCUUAGUCCCAGCCCCAAAAGCUCAGUCUUCUAGACCCCAAAACCUAGACAUCCCCAUGAUCCCAGCAUCAUAUGGCCUCCAGGCACCCACAGCUGGAAAGUUCCUCCCCUCCAGCACUCAACCAAUCGACAGGGCAGUCACCGAUGCCAGGAAAAUAUCUACAGAAGGAAAAAAUCUCCUACGCACAGCCCCACCACUCCCACACCCCCUUCUGCCUGUUCUCAGAAGCGAGGGCUGUCUC